UUCAGAUGGGUGCAGCCGUAAAGCAGGGAGAGGAAAAAAAAAAAAAAAAAAAAAGGACAAAAAUAUCCAGAAAGUUGGGUCUAUAAUUGGCUGCGCCUCUCAGCCUUUUUUUAUGUGCGAGCACAGCCCAGCAGAAGCCACCUCGUCCCCCAGUGAAAUCCAACACUUUCCCCCCUCGUAGUUCCCUCCUACUCUGUCCACCCAUCCACAAGGUUGCUUGGGAGCUCACCUCACCUCACUUUUUUAACAAACACCGUACACUGGAUUGUCACCCUGGAAUAUAUAAUAAUCUCAUCGUGACUGCUGGCGCCUGUGGGGGGGAGGUAUUUUGGAUUAUUAUCACCUGAUAAUGAUGCUGCCCCGGUGCUGAUUCAGGGUGUGAGCGCUGGAGGCAGAGAGAGACUGACACCUCCACUAACGCUGACUGAGUGACAGGACAGACAUCUACGUUGCAGUCCCAGGUCUGCCAUUGAGAGAGGAAGUGGAAACAGGCCUGAUGAUACAGACCCACACAUUACUGAACAGCUUGAUGGUGGUAAUAAGCUAAACAAAACAGACCCAUAUUGAGGCCGAGAUGGAAUUACGAGUGGGAUUUAGGAUCACCCUGGUCUUGGUCAUCCUGGCCUUGACUCUUUCUGGUGAGAGAGUGGAAGCACAGAGGGCAGGGUGUAAAAGUGUCCACUAUGACUUGGCGUUUAUCCUGGAUACCUCAUCCAGUGUUGGAAAAGAGAACUUCGAGAAGAUCAGACAAUGGGUGGCCAACCUGGUGGAGUCUUUCGAUGUGGCCGCAGAGAAGACGAGAGUAGCUGUGGUUCGCUACAGUGACAGACCCACCACUGAGUUCAACCUGGGGAAACACAGGACCCUGGAAGAUGUGAAGCGAGCUGCCCGUAAUAUACGCUACCUGGGGGGAAAUACAAUGACCGGGGACGCCAUCAGCUACACCACCAACAACAUCUUCACCGAGCAGAACGGAGCAAGGCCCGUCGCCAAAGGCAUCCAGAGGGUGGCCAUCCUCCUCACAGAUGGCCGAAGCCAGGAUUAUGUUCUGGAGCCCUCUAAGGCAGCUGCCAAAGCCGGCAUCAGGAUGUUCGCCGUGGGCAUCGGGGAGGCGCUGAAGGAGGAGCUGGAGGAAAUCGCAGCCGAGCCAAAGAAUGCCCACGUCUUCCAUGUGACGGACUUUAAUGCCAUUGACAAGAUCAGGGGCCGGCUGAGGAGGAGGCUGUGCGAGAAUGUCCUGUGUCCAAACAUGAAGGUUCAACCUGAUCGCUUUAAGCCCAGCAGCACCAGUUAUGGUCUUGAAGAGGUUCCAGGGUUCGACCUGAUGGACUACUUCAAUGUGAGAGAUAUUCUGGGAACCAAAGUUGAUGAGGGCCAGAGUUCUUAUGUUCGCCUUGGCACCAUGCCCAUUGUACAGCAAACAGAAGACGUGUUUCCUCAAGGGCUGCCGGAUGAAUACGCCUUUGUGACGACAUUCAAAUUCAGGAAAACCUCAAGGCGUGAAGAUUGGUACCUCUGGCAGGUUUUUGACAAAUAUGGAAUCCCACAGGUGUCCAUCCGUCUGGACGGUGAGAACAAGGCGGUGGAAUACAACGCUGUCGGGCUGACAAAGGACGCUGUCAGAGCUGUGUUCAAGAACUCCGAGGUUGACAACCUGUUUGACCGCAACUGGCACAAGAUUGCCCUCAGCGUGGAGGCCAAGGCUGUGUCUCUGUACCUGGACUGCAAACACAUCCAGACUCUUCCCAUUGAAGACAGGGAGGACAUUGAUAUCCAAGGGAAGACAGUGAUUGGGAAGAGGCUGUAUGACAGUGUGCCAAUUGAUUUUGACCUCCAAAGGAUGAUGAUUUACUGCGAUUCCAAGCAUGCAGAGCUGGAAACCUGCUGUGAUCUACCCAAUGGACCUUGCCCUAAGAAAGUGGUGACGGAGGCUCCCCCAGAAGAGAUCCCCACUCCCACACCUACUGUUGUGGAGCAAAAAAGAGGCCCUGAAGUCAACUGUUCUUGUGCUGCAGGAGUGAAGGGAGACAUCGGUGCACCUGGUGUUGCAGGUUCCAAGGGUGAAAAGGGUGACACUGGCCCUAUGGGUGCCAUCGGACCGCCUGGAAUCAAAGGAGCAAAAGGAGAAACUGGCAGAGUUCUCUCUGUCAGAGGUGACAGAGGUGAGAAGGGUGAUAGUGGCAGCAUAGGGUUGACAGGUGCUCCUGGACAAAAAGGAGAGAAGGGUAACGGCGGGAUACCAGGUAUUGAUGGCUUACCUGGAGACAAAGGGGAGCAAGGUCAAGCAGGACUGGCUGGUGAUCAAGGGCUGCCAGGUCCAGCUGGACCAAAGGGAAUUCAAGGGGACGGAGGAAUUCCUGGCGGACCCGGACCAAAAGGUGUCAUUGGUGAUUCAGGUAUACAAGGUGAAAAAGGAACUCCAGGAGCCAGGGGCGAAGCAGGUUUGGAUGGAUUACCAGGAAAACCUGGAUUUCCUGGGAAAGAUGGUCUCAGAGGACUGGUUGGUGCACCCGGUCCCAGCGGAUUUAAAGGCGACAAGGGGGAGAGAGGCCUUCCCGGAUUACCUGGGGAUGUGUUUCAGAAAGAAGGCUUACGGGGUGAAAAGGGAAUUACUGGACCUCCUGGGCCUCCAGGGGCCGACGGCCCCCCAGGGCCUCCUGGUCCUCCUGGACCACUAGGUCUGCCUGGAGAGCCUGGAGAGUUUGGCCAAAGGGGAAAGAAGGGAGAGAGUGGAUUGCCUGGAGUGGACGGCCUUCCUGGACCUCCUGGUCCUCAGGGUCCACCUGGGUCGCCAGGAAACCAAGGACACACUGGACCUCCUGGUCUGCCUGGUGAAAUUGGAUUUUCAGGCAAACCUGGAGAGCCUGGAAAGCCUGGUCUUCCUGGUAAAGACGGUCUCGACGGUCUUCCUGGAAACGAUGGUGCCAUGGGGCCCAGGGGAGAGCGGGGAACAGAUGGUUUUUCUGGAAAGCCUGGACCUAAGGGUGAUGAUGGGCCACCUGGACCAAGAGGACCUCCAGGGGAGAGAGGAGAAGCUGGUUCCCCUGGACAACCAGGUGCUGAUGGAGCGAGAGGAGACAGGGGCAUUCCGGGAGAAAGAGGACUGGAUGGACCAAAUGGGCCAAAAGGUGAAAGGGGAGACAAGGGUGAAGUUGGAGCGAGGGGACCGCCUGGCGCUCCAGGAAAUGUGGCAAAUGUCAUCCCUGAGCCUGGUGAACCUGGAACACCUGGAGAAAAGGGAGAGAAAGGAGAUCAAGGGAAACCAGGAGAGAUGGGCCAAAGAGGGUUACCUGGUGAACAAGGUUUUAAGGGACCAGCUGGACCCCCGGGACCGAAAGGUGACACUGGACUUACAGGAGAGACAGGACGCGUUGGAGACCCUGGUCCACCUGGCGUAGCCGGUCCUCAAGGUCUUCGUGGAUUGCCAGGAAAUGUGGGCAUACCGGGGAUCAUUGGGCCUCCUGGUCCAGCUGGACAGAGAGGAGACAAGGGUGAACCAGGUAAACCAGGACAAACAGGUCUCGCAGGCCCACCCGGAGACCCCGGUUUGACAGGACCCCCUGGACCAACGGGGAAGGGGAAAGACGGUCAAAAUGGAGAACCAGGACCACAGGGAAUCCAAGGACCCUCAGGGCCAAAGGGUCAACCAGGGUCACAAGGAGAACCAGGAGUACCAGGAGACAGGGGUCCUGCAGGAGAGGGCAAAAUGGGACCAUCGGGGCUCCCAGGAAAUAAUGGGGAACCUGGACCUGCGGGCUUGAGGGGUCCACCAGGAGUUGCUGGUCCUCAGGGCCCAGCAGGACAUAAUGGUUUACCAGGAAGGCCGGGAGACAAGGGAUCACCUGGAGAGCCAGGAAAGGCAGCCGACCUCUCUGACCUAAAUUUGAAGGAUGUUUGCUCAGACUGCCCUGCAGGCCCACCCGGACCACCCGGGCUCCCAGGACUCCCCGGAGACAAAGGACACACAGGACCUCCGGGGAAAGACGGUCAAGACGGUUACCAAGGCCCGUCGGGACCAGCCGGACCUCAAGGGCCCCCCGGAGCCGACGGAGGCAAGGGUAUAAAAGGUGAUCGAGGAACUCCUGGAGGCCCUGGAGAGAAAGGAGACAAGGGUCACCCAGGACCCCCUGGUCAUCCAGGUGCUGCUGGCUUGAUGGGUACACCUGGUAACGAUGGACAGCCUGGCCCCGCUGGUCCCCCAGGGCCCCCUGGAGAAAAGGGCAAAGAGGGUCUGAAAGGAAUCCAGGGACCACCCGGUCUUCCUGGCAUGAUUGGUCAGCCUGGAAAGAUGGGAAAGGAUGGCAGACAAGGUGAAACAGGAGAACCUGGCAAGCAAGGUGAACUCGGGCCACCAGGAAACCCUGGGCUGAGGGGACUCCCAGGCUUUAAAGGCCACAGAGGAGAACCUGGACCUCCAGGAUCUAAGGGAGAAGAUGGAAAGCCUGGAUCGCUCGGGCGUGACGGCAAACCUGGGAAGGAGGGCUCUAUGGGACCUCCAGGUCCAGAGGGACGUAUUGGACCAAGAGGAGAGUCGGGCAAGCCAGGUGAACCAGGGCCGUCAGGAAAAGCAGGUCUCCCUGGAACUCCAGGUCUCAGGGGAGACAAGGGAGAGGCCGGCAACCCCGGAUUACCAGGAUUUAGUGGGCCCAAAGGCCCCGCGGGUCCAGCUGGUCCAGUGGGCCCCGAGGGGAAGCAGGGGAUGCCGGGCAGAGUUGGUGAUCGUGGCGUCAAAGGAGAUAAGGGUGACCCAGGUAUAAAGGGAGAUAAAGGACACUCAGGAGAAUCGGGAAUGCCUGGAAACCCAGGACCCCCAGGCAGAAAGGGCCACACAGGAAUGAUGGGCAUGUCAGGACCCCCAGGAGAAAUAGGGCCUCCUGGGUCACAAGGACCUUCAGGAAACCCUGGUAUCCCAGGACCAAGGGGAGAGUCGGUAUCACUGGAGCAGAUGAGACGGCUCAUCCAGGAGGAGCUGGCAAAACAAUUAGAUGCCAAACUGGCUUACCUCAUGGCUCAGAUGCAGCCGGCCCAUGUGAAGAGCACAGCCGGCCGUCCGGGACCUCCGGGCCCUCCAGGUAAGGACGGCAAUCCUGGACGAUCUGGCCCCCCGGGAGAGCCUGGCAUGCCUGGACAGAAUGGAGGGGAAGGCCCCAGAGGACCCAUGGGCCCUAAAGGUGAGAAAGGAACAAGAGGAGAGAAGGGAGAUGCCGGUAUUGGCGAAAGAGGAGAGCAUGGCCCUCCUGGCCCGAUAGGUCCAGCCGGUCUGCCUGGCUACGGUAAAGACGGAAGCCCAGGACAAGCCGGAGUCCAGGGAGAGCCAGGAAACCCUGGUCCCCACGGUCAGCCCGGACCUCCAGGUCCUCCUGGCCAAUGCGACCCCACCCAGUGUGCCUACUAUGCCAGCCUGGCACAAAGACCCCACACCAAAAACGUCAAGGGGACUUAAGAAACAAGAGACACAAAGAGCUUGAAGUCCAGCUGUAUUUAUGAACUUGGUUGUGUCAGUCUGAAUCAAGAACUUUUCCUUUUUGAAGAUAACCUCAGUACGGAGGGCUGAAGCAAUAUGUGCUGCCGGUCAGAUUCUUUGUUUUGUUUGUUUUUUUGGUAUGAAGCUUGGGACGGAUGGGGGUUGAGCAUCGGGGGACUUUAUAAGAGUUAAUAUGGGGUAAAGAGGGCAGCUAAACAGUUUGUUUUUUGUUUUUUCCCCCCACUUGCAUGCUUCCUGUAAAAUAUAUAGGGAGAUAACAAGGAUGAUGCAGUUCCCUCUCACACUUCACUUCCAUCGGGAGCGAAGAUUUGGGAUUCUGAUAUUGUAUCGUUUCAUCAGUAAUUAUAUCAAAAGUACAGCGUUACAGGUGUUUUCUUGCAGGAAUAUGUCAGCAUCACAGGCUCUUUUUUUUUUUUUUUUCUUCUGCCUCAACCAUUUUGCAUCAAUUACCCUUCGCAGCCCACACUGUACUUCGUCAAGCCGCAGUUGUCAGUUACUGCUCACUAAAUUGAUCUCUCACAGGGGAUUUUCUACCAGUCUGUUGGUAAUUAGUCAGUCAAGGGAAUUAUCUGUUUUGUUGUCACUGAUUGGAAGGGGAAGGGGGGGGCAGGCAGUGUGAGGCACAGUCUCAAAUACCGAUAGUGAUUUUGUUUAGGAGGAGUGUUAAUGACUUACUGUGGAGAGUGAUGGAUGACCACAUUCAUGCGCCUCUUGCCUCCAAGCUGGUAGCAGUGUUCUCAUGUCGCCUCGUUUUGGAUCGUGUUCCUGCCCAAGAUCAGGCACAGAAAUAUAACCACCCUUACAUAAAUUGUUAUUUUGCUCCAUUUGUAAAAAGUAAACAUGUUUGAUUUAUUUAGACAGAAAUGAAAAUAAGAUUUUAUUCUGGGAAUAAACCGGAGGCAGCGGAAAUUCCCUCUGUCACAACCCAUAAAGCAGAGUCUUGGCAAUUCAAGCUUUGGGAGAGAUUUGGUGGAUUUCAUUCCAAAAAUUCUGAUUAUUUGCUGAAAAAGAUAUGAUACAGUUCCCACACUAUCCAUUUUGUAUGAAUUGUUUUUUUUUUUUUUUAAGUGGGAUGUCUAAUUUUAAAAUGAUAGCCAUUUAAAAUGAAUAACACGGUAUGCAUAAGUCAUACGUGUUAAUUUGUUCAUCCACAGGAUGUGUAUUAAACCUGAGUCUAAAGGACAGAAGUUGAGACAGUUAGAAAUAUCAGAUAUGUACUAUUAUGUUUAAUGAAGUGGCUCUGGCCAUUCUCUCUCUCUCUCUCUCUCUCUCUCUCUCUCUCUCUGAGGUAUGCAUGGACUUGGGCAGUGAACGGCUUUGAGGAGGUGGUAUAAUUGCAGCCUUUGUUCACCUUUCUUGAAAAGCUGCUUGUUUCACAGUGCUCUCUCUAAACGUGUCACUUCCUUUCUGUUCAGCGAGGCUUAUUAAGUGCCUACGCUGUGGCAGCUCAGCCCUGCUCUGAAGACACAUAGCUUUUCUUAUUUGUCCCCUGGAACCUAAAAUUGGAGUGAUGCUUCCCUGCAUCCUGAUGACCCGGAGCAUUGUGGUAACCGCUUUUGCCUUACAUCCCUCGUGGACCAAUUACACUUCUCUCCAACCUCAGACAUAUUGGUCAUCUAGAACCAUUUAAAUAGCCUCCACAAAAGUUUGCACAUUUGUCUUCCUUUCAAAAACAUGAAGAAGCUUAUCAAUACCCACAAGAGCAAAAGGGGAAAUUUUGAAGGAGCGAGUAUAAAAAUCUUAUGUGAGCUUGCCAAGAAAUUACAUCUGACCAAAAGGUCACAGGUUAUCACAGUAUGGGCGCAGUAACAUUUAUCACCUCUUGCUCAGGUUACCUAUCGGAUGUCAAAUUGUUGCUGCAACACAACUUCAUUGUGAGGAUGUUGGUAAAGCAGAAUGUGAUCAUUUAAUUUGACCAAUAUUUCUCAGCGGCUUCAGAGGCAGGUGUGAUUAAAUGUGUUACAUCAAAGCAAACCUACAUAGUUUUUGAAAGAUGUAAUAACACAUUCUUCAUCUAAGAUAAGAAAUGUUUAAUUCAUCGGCAUUAAAAUGCACCCUCAAUAAAAUCCAAUAAACUUUUUUGGCUGAUGAUGUUGCUACAGCUGUGCUAGGUCUGGUAUGACUGGUAGUUUAUGGUGGCAAAUAAUUAGCAUCCUGCAGUUCUCACUCUUGGCCACAUGUGGACAGUGGCCUCUGUUACAUCGGCUCAUUUUAAAAAGUGGAAAAACAUGAAUUGAAAAAGAGAUAUUUGUCAUUAAUUCAUGGAGAUGGCUGAAUAAAUCCAAAACAUCCAGCAGGCUGGACCCUCUAGCUUGCGUCAUACCAAAAAAUGGUUUAAAAAUUAGCUGGUCAGCUAGGCUAACUAGCUAGCUAAGACAGGAUUUGACAUGUCUUAACUAGCUGAUUUACUAAUAAUGAGUGUUUUCGGUUUUUCUUUACUGACAUUGUCUUUUUUUCGAUCUAACCAACAAAACUGUGGCUGUUACCUCUGAGAUUUAAAUCAACCAUUUGCAAAUCGGCAAAUAUUUGUAGCUACAUCCACACUAAUAUAUUUUUUAUUUUAAAACAGCGCAGAUGUUAAACGUAACAAAAACAAUGUUUGAAAACUAACAUGUAUUUGUAGAUGUAGGCCAAGUGGUAGAGAGCAUCUUUAAAUGCAGUGAAGUUCAAAUGUACAAUAUGUUCAGAACCAGGUUUGGUCACAAACGAGUGAAUGGAGUGAAUGACUUGCUCUUUCAGCCGUGCCAUUUAAUCCACCUAUUAGCUGCUUCUCUGUCACUGGUUUAUUGAACAGUCCGACCGUAUCAAUAUUGCUGUUUCUUUGAUUUGUAAAUGCUUGUUACAGUUACCAAUAGACUGUGUUACAGGGUGGGAUAGCAGGUUGCUGCACAAAGCUCUAUAUUUUGUAAUGCAUAUAGGCCAUACACAUAUCAUUAUUCAAAUUAGCUAUUUGUGCUGAUUUGAUUUUUUUUUAAGUUAUAUGGAUAAAUUAUUCACAAUUUGAACCAGUGCAGAGGUGUUUUAAUGCUUUAACUAAAUUGUAUUAACUUUUUCCUGAUAAAUUGGUGCUAAGAUACUUUAAAUAAGUAGCAUAUUGUAAGUAUUGGAAAGACACAUGUACUGUACUGUAUAAUAAAGAAUGGAACAGAUUCAUUUUAUAA